AUCAAAAAGAGAUAUCUAAUUAAAGAAUUAAAGGAAAGUAAAGAACAGAAUAAAGCUAUAGAAGAACAACUAAAAAGUUUGCAAGAAUAUUUUAAUUUAACAAGUUUAAUAAGAUCAAUUAGAAUAUUACAAUUUCAAAGAGAUUCAUUAAGAGAAAGAAGUAGAAUUUUAACAAAAGAAAAUGAAGAUUUAAAAGGAGAAAGAGCAUUAUUAACACAGAAUAAUCAAAAUUUAUAUCAAAGUAACCAAGCUUUAAGAAACAAAGUACAAAGACUAAAUAAUCAAGAAGGAAUGGCAGCAAUUUAUAAUAAAGUACAAAAUGAGAAUUAUGUUCAAAGAGAUAUAGACAAUUGGAAUAAUCUGACAAUAGAUUUAAAAGAAAUAAAAGAAUAUACAGGAAGACAAAGUGAAACAGAUGGAUGGAUAAGAAUACCUUGA